AUGCCCAACUUCACAGAGGCGGACACCAUCCGCAUUCUGGUCGCGACAGACAACCACGUCGGCUACGAAGAGCGAGACCCUAUCCGCAAGGACGACAGCUGGAGGACUUUUGACGAGAUCCUGAACCUUGCAAAGACCCAAGAUGUGGGACACACUGCGUUUACCCUCGACUGCUUCCGUCGGCUGACAUGA